UAGCUGAAUGGAAUAUAUCUGAUAUACCAUGAAAAAAGCCAGCCAAUAUUACUAUUAUUAUUAUACAUAGUCUCUUUACAUCAGCAUUCUUGAAGGCCAACACUAGCUCACCUGCAAGUUAGUGCUGUUAGCGUGGCAGUGCAGUCACCUUCCAGCCAGUGUAGUGUUCAUCAGUGUGGCAGUCACCUACAGCCGGUGUAGUGUUUAUCAGCAUGGCAGUGAAGUCACCUACAGCCAGUGUAGUGUUCAUCAGCGUGGCAGUCACCUACAGCCGGUGUAGUGUUUAUCAGCAUGGCAGUGAAGUCACCUACAGCCAGUGUAGUGUUCAUCAGUGUGGCAGUGAAGUCACCUACAGCCAGUGUAGUGUUCAUCAGCGUGGCAGUCACCUACAGCCGGUGUAGUGUUUAUCAGCAUGGCAGUGAAGUCACCUACAGCCAGUGUAGUGUUCAUCAGUGUGGCAGUGAAGUCACCUACAGCCAGUGUAGUGUUCAUCAGCGUGGCAGUCACCUACAGCUGGUGUAGUGGUCAUCAACGGUGUUAGUGAAGGCCAGCACUAGCUUACCUGCGAGUUAGCACUGUCAGUGCAGCAGUGAAGUCACCUUCCAGCCGCUGUAGUGUUCAUCAGUUGGUAUGUUUUUUUCUUGUAAAUAUGCAUGAAGAAUAUACAAUGAGGUUUUGGAAGCCUUUCAGGUGUUCAGCACGUCUUUAGUUUUAGUUUUCAGUUUAUUUAUUUACUGCUUAACUAUAGCAUAGCUAAUCCUAGCAGUAGCACUGGAUUAGCCUUGUCUUCUCUCUUUCCCGGCAGACAAAGAAAUGGUUCUGCACAUGCGCAGCAGAAAAGUUUUGUCAUUGGAUAGUCACAUGAGUGAUGUCAUAUUGCCUUGACAAUGUGCAAUAUUGUAACAAUAUUGCAUGCUCAUUCUCCAUUGGGUAAAGUGAUGUAAUACAUUUGGAUAAGUGAUAUGAUAACAAUAUUGCAUGCUAUCGAACCAAAUGAAUGAAACCCGCUAGAAGGGAAUAGAAUACAUGUUUUUAUUCCAUCGAAAAAGUGUCCUGAAUGUAUAAUAAUUUCCAAUAUUUCACUCGGAUGACAUCACUCCCAGUGUUUUUGCACUUGACGCGUGUUGUCAAAAUGGUGAACCGGUUCAAAAUUUUAAUUCUUUUGAUUAACUUACGUAUUUAUUUUGUAGAUGUGUCCAUAUAAUAUGAAGAACAUUACACGGUGGCGCGAAGAUAUGAAGUUUAUUUUCUUGUGUUGAAAAUAUAUAUCACUCACUCUCUUCACUCAUUCAUGAUAUAUACAUUCACCACUUGAAGUUAAACUUCAUAUCUUUGCGUGACGGUGUAAUAUCCUCGAUGUAGUUCACGUUAUAUCUAUACUACACUACGUUUUAGUGCCUUGCCCGGCGCACUAAAGAUUUAUAUAAUUUACAUACAUAUAUAUUUCCAUACACCUAGAUUUAUACGUAUAAUCAUCUCUUCUGAAGUCCCCAACUCUGGUCCCAUUGACCUGCCUUAUAAUCCAUAUCAGCAGCCUUUUCUUCAGAGACCCAUUUAGCCAUAGCAUAUGCACAGGGUUUGCUCUGUCGUAUAAAGCUUGAGAUAAUUAUCUACAGCACAUAGCCACUGGGCUCCUGAAUAUUUCAAGUAAGUGUGUGGUAACUGGACAACACAUUUGUGUUCAAGGGAAAGAGGGACAGAGAAAGAAAGAGAGACAGAUGCUUUAAUGAUUUUAGCUGGUGCAUUUCACGGUCAUCCAGAUUAGGCCUGCUGACAUAACAGGCCAUUAUUAUUUUCCUCUCAUUUGGGUAGCUCCUGGCUCAUGGAAAAAGUGACUUAUCUGCCUCAUCCACCUUUUAUGAUGGCGCAUGAGGCAGAAUUUAAUGUCUUGGUUUCUGGCUGAUCUCUUGUCCACUGGGAGCAGGAGAGGCGCAAUGAUGUCAGAGGCAGUAUGACAUCAAUGAGUGGCCCAUGAAGCAUCUGUUAUCAUCAGUGGCCAUAACAGUCCAGCAGAUGUAAGGGUUUGAUAAUAUAUACACGUUAUUGUUGCACUCACACUGUAUUUUUUUUUAAGUGUUGCUCAUUAUGAUAUGUUUUAAUUCAAAAUUCAGUUGCGAAAACAUUUUAACAGUAAAGCAUGAAGCACGGUUUAAAAAAAAAAAUUGCAAUUUUGAAAUCAGUGAGCUUGUUGUACUCUUUAUCUGCUUGCCUCUCUUGGGUGAAAAGUACAGGUGUAAGGCACACUUGUAGGAAGGACCAGUAUUUGGUUAGCUAUUUUUAGACUUGUCCUUGAAGCCAGCCAGCUGUGUGCUUUUGCUUGUGACAGAGACGUCUAAAGUUUAAUUACGUAUUUUUUCCCCUAAUUGAGUUAUCAGAUAUUUCCUUAAUGCUUUAUCCUUGUUCUUAAGACAGAAACAGGUUGUUGUUUUUUUUUUUAACACAUCAUUUACUUUGCUUGUAACAGACGCUGGAAAGUAACACAUGACGAUUUGCCAAUGAGUAACUUGUUUACCGAAGAUCAUGAGGAGUACUUCAGACUAACUCCUGCAAACACAGCAGGAGUAUCAGAAACUCUCGUGUUCACACCCUUCAGAACUACACAAAAUGCAAUUAUAUAACUUCAUUAGAGGGACGGAAGAGGCUUGUGGAAGAUCUGUGUUGCAUGUACCGUACGUCUAAGUCUACUGAAUGCAUUCAUUGCUGAUGAAUCUAUUACUCUUGACCUGCUGCCAGAGCACUGUAUCAGUACCAGUGCCACCAUGAAUAAACCGUGUACUUGCAUAAGACGUGUUUCCAUAGUCUCAACAGCCAGACUACGCUAGAUUAAAAAGAGCAGGCUAAGACCAGGAAGCCUUGGCACCAGUUUGAACGUUCAAACUGUGCACACCAAGGACAUCUUUGUGCGUGUGUUUGUGUGUGUGUGUUUUAUGAAGGGGGGAGGGGGGUGAACUGGACUGAUAGACCCUGAGAUCUCAGCAGGUGUGCGCAUUACACGUUUACCCCAGAAACAUCCUUGAAAUGGUCCCUUUGGCACACCUCGUGUUAUGUUCUAUUAAAAUUACGAUCUCUUUAAUACGCAAAACUCCUCUACUACACAACUGACGGUCUCUAUUAAGCAAAACGAGACAUUUCUGAUGAUAAUUCUUUUUGUCGCUUUGCUCUCACAAGUCUGAUUGUGUAUCGAAUGACUGGUUAGUGGGUAGAUAUACAGUAUCUGUGCAAGUAUAUUGUGUAGACUUCACCUUUACUUUCAAGAUAAUAUCAAACAAAUGUGUCCAGAGUGUGUUUGAUUAGCAGUUAGAGUUAUGGUAAGUGUAUGAACAGGGUGGCUCCCACACAUGUAGUUUUACAGGUUAUACAAAGUAUAUUGACUGUGUGUAAAAGUUUAAUUCUGUGGGAAAUUGAAAUGAAAAAGGACUGGGCAAACUUGCUAAAACUGUGUUUAUGUGGUAGAUAAAUUUAGUAAAUGCUGCUAGUGUGAGUUUGCUUAAGGCAGCCACCAUGGCAUGAGCUGUGUAAAUAAAAAGAUGGUUAGUGAUUUUUUUUUCAUUCUUUAUAGCUUUAAGAGAGAAGGAAAAAAGGGAGAGAGAAAGAAAGAAAGAAGACAGAGGGAGAGAGAGGUAAAGAAAGAAGGAAAAAGGAGAGAGAAAGAAAGAGGGAGAGAGAAGGAAAAAGGGAGAGAGAGAAAGAGGGAAAGAGAAAAAAGACAGAAAGAAAGAGGGAGGUAAAGAAAGAGAAGGAAAAAAGAGAGAAGGAAAAAGGAGAGAGAGAAGGAAGAGAGAGAAGGAAAAAGGGAAAGAAAGAAAGAAAGAAAGAAAGAAAGAAAGAGGGAGAGGGGGUAAAGAAAAAGAGAGAAGGAAAAAAGAGAGAAAGAAGGAAAAAGGAGAGAGGAAGAGAAAAGAGAAAGAAAAGGAGAGAGAAGGAAAAAGAGAGAAAGAAGGAAAAAGGAGAGAGAGAGGAAGAGAAAAGAGAAAGAAAGAGGGAGAGGUAAAGAAAGAGGUAGAGAAGGAAAAAGGGAGAGAGAAAGAAAGGAGAGCGGUAAAGAAGAAGAAGGAAAAGGGGAGAGAGAAAGAAAAAAGGGAGAGGUAGAGACAGAAGGAAAAAGGGAGAGAGGUAAAGAAAGAAAAAGAAAGAAAAGUAAAAAAGAGAGAAAGAGGUAGAGAAAGAAAAAGGGAGAGAGAAAGAGAGAGAAAUCUUCAUUUUGCCAAGUACUGUAAAACAUUCAAAUUUAUAACCGUUUCCUCGCGCGCACAUACGGGACACCUCCCAAAUCUCACAGAAGUCAAACUAGUGUCCCUACUGCGAGACCUGUGUUACCUUGAGUUAGAACACUAUUCUAAUCACACUAUGUAGCUCGGUAGUGUGCUGUUUUGGAUGCUUCCCCAAUCCCUGCUCUCAUUGGUUAAAAGCAGUGCUACGUGGACAUCAGGCUGAAACAGGUAUCAGCGCCUGUGACCGUUAUCGCUGCUUUUUUUUUUUAUACAUUUCUUUUUUUGGGAAAACGGUCGGCGUGGCUUAAAGCUCUGCUCUCAGAGAAACAUUUAUCCUAAUGAGGCUCUUCUUAAUGAGUACUCUUCAUUAACUUCGUCUCACUGGCUCUCUUGCAGCAGUUCUGUAACUCUAACUGCAGUUCAGCUUCACGCUCAGGGCCUGCACGGUGGUGUGGGUGAUUUAAGCAUGAAGUCUAAAAGAAAGGGCUCAAAGAGGAGUCAGAACUCAUGGGCGGAGCAGGAACAUGCUGACCUGCAGCUGGACGUCGAGCCUGGCUCCAGCGAACAGGAGGGAUCCGAGGCCUCUCUGCCACUGGGGGUGUCAUGGCGGGCAUCGGGCAUCAAGGGCCGUGCCAGAACAAGGAUGGGCACACGCCGUCGCCGAUGCCAACACAGCAACGCCAAGGAGCGUAACGUGCGCAGGCUGGAGAGCAACGAGAGAGAGCGGCAGAGGAUGCACAAACUGAACAACGCUUUUCAGGCCCUGCGGGAGGCCAUUCCGCAUGUCCGAAUGGAUAAAAAGCUCUCCAAGAUUGAGACUCUGACGCUGGCCAAGAACUACAUCAAAGCCUUGACAACAAUCAUCUUGGGCAUGUCCGGUGCCUGCCUGCCCCACGUCGACACUCCACAGCACCUGGAGGACGAGGGCCACAACGAUCUGUCCAAGUACCUAGACCACAUCCGCAGCUUUAACCACAGCAGCUAACACCAUCGCUGGCCACUAGAGCACCCAGACCACUGGAAAAAAAAGUGUUAGUGAGAUUGUGCAGUUCACUGUGAGAGACACAGUGCUGCCACUGAGGGACUCGGAGUCUGAAGAGUUGGACUGAGGGGCAUACAGAGGAAGCAAAAGUCCAAUUUUGGUUUGAAUGAUUAUUUUGAGUUAAAUAGUCUUCAAUGCUGAACUGUAUCCAUUCCCAUUGUGCCAUAAUGAGUCAGAUAUUUACUUCAUAUCAUUGUGUGUGUGUGUGCACGCGCAGACACGCAUAUAGACACCAAGAGAGAACCAUAGUACUUGCCUACAGUGAUUAAUUACACUAAUAGAGAAGAAAACUUUAAAGAACAGUUGAAGUCACAUUUAUUGAAAGGGCACGUCAUUCAUGCAUUAACACGCCCCAGUGUUUUAAAUGUACCCAAACACCAUAAGCUUCUUACAGUUCAUCAUUCCAUAAAUUACAGGCGUUAAAACUCUGCAAAGCCCAUCACGCAUUUCAUGAUGGCAUGUAGACAGAAAUACGGUGCAAACUGUACAAACCUUUUCUUUUUAUUGACAUACAUUUUACCAACAACAUUCAAGUUGUUUUUAUUUUUGUGUCUCUGUAUAUUUAAUAAUUUUAUUUAUACUUAUCCACCUGUAAUGCCCUAAAAGCAUGAUUUAAGAGCGAACCACAUUCCACCUGCCAGCUUAAAAGUCUCAUUAAAAUGACACAAUCAUACAGAAAAAUAAAGAAUGAUCCAGGAUCUCAUUUGUGCUGCCUUCAGAAUAAUACAGAUGGUGUUAUGUUAUGCACGACCAUGAAACAUACUCAGAGUUUUUGGAUUCCUGAGACAAUUCCCCCAUCAUCAUCUAAAGGCGAAGUAUUGCACAAGUACUGAUGCCACCACUACAAUGAGCUUAUGGAGAAUGGCCAAUUUAACGCAUGAGGAUUUCUUUUCUGUAGCAGCCAGCUGACACUUUCUUCUUCAAGCUUCUCAAGAACAGGAUGUUAUGCCAGUUUUAAAUGUUGAGUGUCAGCAGUCAAUGAACUUGGAUGAUAUAACUGAUCUCAAUCAUGUUUUUGUUUUCAUGCUGGUAAAAUGGCCUUGUCUGUAAAUGUGUGUGCUUCGAUUGUGAUGUCUUCAACUGUCAAGUACAUUGUCGGAGUCUACACCAAGCCCUGAACACACUGUAUUAUUUGCGACUAAAAUAAAUAAAUAAAUAUAAAACAAAACCAA